AUGGAUCUAUUCCGCUCCGAUCGUCUGCAAUACCGUAGUUUUAACUCCCCUGAAGAUGACAACUUCUUCCAUUCCAUUCAGAGUGAUCCGGCUGCCUUCACAAACUCCUGUGCAUCACUCGUCCGACCUGUGGACCGCCAAUUAACCGACAACAUCAGGAAGUACCUCAUUGGUAACUCGCUCUUGUUUGUGGUUAUCUACAGAACCACCGAUGAUUCGGUCAACCAGAUACAACCCGAGCCUAUCGGCACACUUUUCUUGAAGUCUCCAAGUCCAGAUAUGGCCCAUCACCGUUGCUCGGAAUUUGGUAUCGAUGUUAAGAAGGAAUAUCAAAGCCAGGGAUAUGGCGCCGAGGCAAUCAACUGGAUGCUUGACUGGGCAUUCAGGAAUGCUGGUCUGCACCGGGUGGAGUGCAAUGUUUUUGGAUGGAACACUCGCGCACAGAAGGUUUAUGAGAGAAUUGGCUUCCGGGAGGAGGGACGGAGAAGGGAGUGCUUGUUUAAGGACGAUAAAUGGUGGGACGAAGUGCAUUUGGGGAUUCUCAAGAAGGAGUGGCAGCAAAUCAGACAGUUAGAGGUCACCUUGUGA